AUGCCCCGUUAUGUGAAGUUCAUGAAGGAGAUAUUGUCUAAGAAGAGAAAAUUGGAGGACUAUGAAACAGUGGCAUUAACUGAGGAGUGUAGCGCCAUUUUGCAAAAGAAACUACCACCCAAGCUUAAAGAUCCGGGUAGUUUCAAUAUUCCAUGCUCUAUAGGGGGUUCGGUGGAAACUAAAGCUCUAUGUGAUCUGGGAGCAAGCAUUAAUCUAAUGCCAUUGUCUGUCUUCAAAAGGCUAGGAUUGGGAAAAGCAAAGCCUACAACAGUGACUUUGCAACUGGCAGAUCGUUCUUUGACUCAUCCUCGUGGGAUAAUUGAAGAUGUACUGGUGAAGGUUGGUAAGUUUAUCUUCCCUGCUGAUUUCCUAAUUCUUGAUAUGGAGGAAGAUUCAACUAUUCCCAUUAUUUUGGGAAGACCAUUCUUAGCCACGGUGUUUAUAAAUUUAGCAACACAGCCAGACGCCGUGUCUCCAGGAGAUGAGUUCAUUCUUCCGAAUGAUUACAGACCUAAUGAUGUGGAAGAUGUACUCCAGACACCUCAGAACAUGUCGGUCACGUCCAUUAGAGAUACCCAAGAUUCAGAGGUUCAGGUUUUAGAGACCGUUCCAACACCGGUGGAGAAGAGAACGAAGAAAAGGCCAAGGUGGUUUGACGAGUACACCGAAAUGAAGAAGAAGAUGAAGCCAUCAACAACCAAUGUGAAUGUUGACCCACUUCGGCCCGUUGAUGAGAAGCUACUACAUAGUUUUCGAAAUUGGUUAGUGGGAACCAUCGGAAACAAGUAUCCGAGGGACGUCUUCACCGGGCUGUGUGGCGUGGCUUGGUUCUCGACCCUAAAUACAGACAAACUAUGGCUUUCUGAUGACCAUUUGGAUGCUGCUUUCCAUAUGAUGAGGAGGAGGCAACACUUCUUCCCGGAGUUGUACCCACGUAAGUGUACUGUGAUGCCAUCUUGGUUUACCUCAUCGUUGAGGGGUCGGUGGGAUGCUUGGAAGAGCAAUACUGACCAUGAUGGUUUUGUUUGGGAUGAGUCCAUCUUGGAACUCCUUCGUGGGGAUCCAAACCAAUUUUUGCCUUCUUGGAAGGGUAUGGAGUGCAUAUACAUGGCCAUGUUCUUGAACGGACCGAAACAUUGGAUCGCUAUGGAGGUCAAUCUUGAGUUGUGGAAGAUAUUCCUCUUCGAUUCGAGUCUUGGAUCUCUAACGAAAGACGAACUGAAUUCGCUUAUGGAUGUGUGGUGCCCUUUACUAGCCAAAUUGGUGGACCAGUGUGGUGUAUGUGACACUCAUUACAUGGUGAUGGUCCCUCAAAUGACAGCCUCCGAAAGUCAGGUCAGACCCUUCGACUGGGAAAUGAUGGACAAUAAAGUUGUACCUCAGACAAAAUCGAGGUAAUUUAAAUGCAUUUUUUUUAUAGUAUGUUUAUUAAUUAACAAAAAAAUUUUAUAAUAUUCUCUAUGGUUUAUUAAAUUUUGCGUUUACCUACUAUUGCAGUGGCGAUUGUGGAAUGUACGUCAUAGAGCAUAUUGAGCAUAAGUUAUUGGAUCUACCAUUCGAUGGAGUACAUGAUCAGCAUAUGUCGCUCUUUCGCCAGAGAUGGGCAGUAGAUUUAUUCUACCAGAACUUGGCAUGAACUUUAGAUGUUUAAUUUUUUAUAUUUGUUGAACAAUGUUUACUUUUACACUUUUCAAUUUGAACAAACUACUUUCACUAAAAUUAUUUUAUUUUAUCAGUAGAACUUGUUUUUGGCUCA